GCUGUGCAACCCCGUGGCGGGACUGGCUGCAGCUUGCGCCACCUGCACCGGGGUUCCCACGCUCCUCCGGAAGGCUGUCUAGCCGCGCGCGCCACGGCUGAUCGGUGGGUCCAGUCCCUGGGCGCUGGCGCGUGCGCACUCUGGAGGUCGGAAGGAGCUGCGCGUUGGGUCCCGGCCUGCGUAUCCAGGCUAGCCCGUGCCUUCUCGGUGGACUAAGUGAGCAGCGGAUUAUGAACGAGGAUUGCCGGAGCAUCUCGCUCCCGCCUGGCUUCCGUUCCACCCAGAGGCCGGCGGCUUUUGGUGUUAAAGAUUGGCUCCCAAUGGGGACAAAUAACCUGGUGUACUGAGAGUGGAAUCUGGGGUCCUGUGUCAGAAGCCUCUCCUCACCCCUCUGUGGGAAACUGUAGCAAUGGAAACCUUAAAAUCCGAGACGAUGAAGAAGAGGGUCCUUCCCUCAUGGAUGACAACCCCUGUGGAUGAGAGGGAGGUGGUGCCAGUGAAAAUACGCAAGAGGAGGAGAAUGGUGGCUGUGCCUAUGGGGGCUGCAACAAGAGCCCCCUCCACGAAGACCGUGUACUGCAUGAAUGAAGCUGAAAUGGUGGAUGUGGCUCUAGGGAUCCUGAUUGAGAGCCGCAAACAGGAAAAGCUGUGGGAACAGCCCUUUCUGGCGGAUGCUGAUAAGCUGCAGCUCUCCCCCUCCAGCUCAGAGUCCCCACACACCAAUUCCCCUAGGAGCGGCAGUGAGGAAGAAGACAGCAGGGAAAACUCGCCUGUUCUAGGCCUCAGCCCUUCCCAGGGGCCAGGAACUUCCAAGUCGACCUGUAGCCCGAGCCCCGAGGAAGACAAGGACGAGGAGGAAGAUGUGUUAAAAUAUGUCAGGGAGAUAUUUUUCAGCUAAAGUAUGAACUGUUCUCUGGACUUUCUGCUGAGAGCAGUGGGGUCUGCUGCGCUGUCCCUACUUCUCCCCGGGGAAAAUGAGGCUAAACUUCCAACUUUGAGCCUCCCUGGGGCCAGAUAGAUUGUCUUAAGUCAGAAGCCCCAGGAGGUUUUCAACCUUGGGGCCUACUCUGUUAGAGGGUAGAAACCUUGCAGAAUGUAGAACCCCAUCCCAUGAGAGUCCAACCCUGUACUGGCUCAGAGGGCCUGGAAGCACAGUCCUGUGUUUUAUUCAGGUUCCAGGUUCCAGUGAAAAUGAGUUCAUGGGCUCAGCUUGUUGGAAGCCAAAACAAAAUGACUGCUACUACUGGCAUUUCCAUGGCUUAGGCAGCCAGAUCACCCUAAGGAGGAAGCCUGUGACCGUCUCCAUUAUGACAUAGCCCAACAGUGGAUUCCCACCCUUCCAGGCCCUGAAUGUCAGCAGCUGGCCACAGAUCCCUACCAGCCUAGGAGCAGGAGACUCUCCCCUGCAGACUGGUGAGCCACAUGUGCCUUCUCCCCGACCUGUCCCUUUCUUCUACCUGGGGCCUCUGCCUUGGUCCCUGGACAGCUGUGAAGGGAGAAUGGGACAGGAGUCCAUGGGAGAUGCUAAGACAAAAGAUCAUGCCAGAACCUGUGUUUUUUUUUUUUUUAAUUUAGUGUGGCUUUAGACAAGCACAGAAUGAGGAAAUUGUUGCUGUAUAGGAUUUCUAAUACACAGGCACUGAAAAGUACAUAAAAAUGCCCCAAUGCUAAGUGCUUCUGUCUUCUGUCCUUUCCAGUUCUGGGUGAAGUGAGGGGAUGCAUCUGUGUGUGUGUGUGUGUGUGUGUGUGUGUGUGUGUAUGUAUGAGACUUGAGUCCCAUUUACGUCCUUUAAGGCCUUGGCACAUCUUGCGUCUGCAUUCCUGGGUCAUGAGAACAAUGAUUUGGCAGCUGACUGCUACUCUGUCUGGUUCAGGGCCCUUUUCUUCGAAGCUAGCAAGGCUUCUCUUUAUGCCCUGUGUUUCUUUGCUGAAUCCCUCAGAGGUGGUUCCUUGGCUUUUGGGAUGGAAUUGCAAUGUGGGUCUCAUCACAGUGGAGGGAGACGCUUGCUUCCCAGGGCUUGAGGUUCAAGUGCUCUCUUAGAACAGUCUGAUUUGUUACCAUAAGCCUUCAUGGGGCUCCAGUUUGGCACUUUGGCAAAUCAGUUUGGAAAUCU